AUGGAUCAAGACGACUUAACGGCUUCACAUUGGGAUGAUGUAUUGACUACGCCAUCCGUUCCCUUUGGGAGUGUCCACAUCAAUGCUGCUUUCGAGAACGGGUUUCAAGAUGAUCCUCUCAAUCAGCAGAGCUCAAAUGGAGAGCACAACGGUGAUAGUGAAGACGAUGACGAAGAGGAUGAAGGCGAAGUACAGGAACAAAACAGAGGUGUUCAUUCGCAAUUCAACGAUCUCAGUAUCCACCAUUCUUCGUAUGGGGUCGGCGCUAACAACCAUAAUGAUGCAGAAGCGGACCAGCUAGCAGAAUUGGCAAAGGAGGAAAGAAAAGAACAUAGGUCAAACCUUCUUUCUGAAUUGACAGAAGGUGCCGAUAUAGAAGAAUCGAUCGCACCCUCGUCUCCUGGCCCCAAGAACCCAUCAGAAUCCCUUUUCAAAGAUACCACGAGCCCAUUGAAGGUGAAAGAAUCUAGUCUCCUACAAUCACCAUCUGCAUCUAAUAAUAACAACAGCAAUGCCAGUGAUCUAGGGAAAAGUAGGUUAUUUACGAGGGCGAGAAGGUAUAACUCUAAGACCAUUGUCGAGAACCUCAACAACAAUCCAUUGGGUCCCUUGGGCAGCGAGCAGGCACAUGAAAGUGAAAGCUCUGGAAACGUGAGAGACCAAUUGUUGAAAGAAGUCGAGUCUCCAUUGUACAAGAUUCCCAAGGAAGCUACAAAGGAAGGUAAGUUGGAGGACUUAAGACAUCCAAUAAUCCCAAGACCUACAGCAGCACCAACUUCUUCGUCAAAUACGGCGAACAACGACGAGUCGGCAGCUUCUGCAUUUACUAAUAACUUAGACAUCACUGUAGGUGACCCAAUGAAGGUAGGAGACAUCACCACUGCGCACAUUGUAUAUACUAUUUAUGUAAAGAAGAAGAAUGUGGCAGCAGAAGAAGGAGCAGAAGAAGGCGCAAGCGCCUUUCCUUCAUCACCAGAGCCUGUAUCAAGGAGGUAUAGAGAUUUUAGAUGGAUUUACCAUCAGUUACAGAACAAUCAUCCAGGUAUAAUUAUCCCACCCCCUCCUACUAAACAGACCUACAUUGGCAGAUUCAAUGAGAGUUUCAUCGAAAAUAGAAGGUUAUCUUUGGAAAAGAUGUUGACGAAGAUUUCCAACUUACCAAGCAUCUACAAUGAUCCAGAUUUUGUCAUGUUUUUAACUUCACCUAAUUUUACAAAUGAAGCAAAAGAAAGAGAAAGGUUAAGCGGCAGUGAAGCCUCGAAUCAGAAUGAUGAUUCGUUGGAUUCCACUGGUAACCAUAGCAACAGCGACAUGAACUCUUCCAUAUUGUUGGAUGAACCCAGCUCCGCAGGUUCGGGAUUCAUGUCAUCUCUUUUCUCAAUUUCAAACAAAGUAAAUGAACCAAAUGACUUAAUUAAGGAUAAAAAGACUUAUAUUGAAGACUUAGAAUACAACUUGAGGAAUUUUUUCAAAUCAUUAGAGCUAAUUGGAACUCAAAGAAAUGAAAUUAUCAUACUCGUGGAAGAGAUUUCAAAUUUGACAGAGGAAUUAUCAUCAUUGGAAAUUCUGAAGAAGACUACAGAUCUCUUGGCAGAAUUUAGUGAAAUUCACUUGAAAUUAAAGGAUAACCUAGAUCGUACCAAUUUGCAAGAUCAAUUGACCUUGGGCUUCACCAUAGAAGAAUACUUAAGAAUUAUUGGUUCCAUCAAGUACGUAUUUUCAACAAGAUUGAAGAUAUACAACAAAUAUCAAACCAGCGAGCAAGAACUUUAUAAGAAGCAGUCGCUGUUUGAUAAAUUUGUUAAAAAGUACAAGUCACAGAGUGAAAAAAUCAACUUGAUGAAAUUCGAAAUUGAUAAACUUGAAGCCAAGACAUUAAAGUUUAAGCAACAGUUCACUGUAAUAAGUGAAACAAUAACCAACGAGCUAGAAAGGUUCGAAUUUGAGAAAAUUGAUGACUUUAGAAAUAGUGUGGAGAUAUUUAUCGAAAGUUCAAUUGAGAGCCAAAAGGAAGCAAUUGAGUUAUGGGAAACAUUCUACGAACGUCAAAAUUUAGGUGAGGUUUAA